AGGAUAAGCAAUUCUGUCAGUCAGCCACCAGAGGGUACCACAGCUCCCUGCUCUGUAUUUUGAUAGAGGAUCGACGCGUCCCAUUUGGAACAGACGAUUAGGCGCUUACACACACGCACGCACGCACUCACACUCUUGCUAGCAGUCUGCCUCCUACGGACAUGUGCGCACCCCUAAGAAAGGAGCGCGUCGCGUGGAAAUCUGCCAUGUGGCUGAGGAUGAGAGCGUUUGCAUGAUCACCGAGUUACCUCCAUAUAAAUAGCGUUUCACCAGGGGGUCACAGUAAACAGAAGAGGUUCUCUGCGAGGACAGUCCGUUCUCUCUCUCACGCACACACACACGUGGAAGAGGAAUCUGUUCCCUCUCUCCCCCAAGAGACGAGCCAAGGCGGCUGCGUUGACUGCAAACCCCCAGGAUGGCGGAGCUGAAGUCGCGGAGCAGGGAGAGCAUCAACAAGGUGGAGAAGGAACUGGAGAAGAUCGAGGUGGCUAAUGCCACGCCUGAAGAAGUGACCGAGGCGGAAGCCAUGGCCCCCGAGGCCAGCAAGGACAAGGUGGAGCUGAAGAGGAGCAUCACUCUGUUCAAUGGCGUGGGGAUGAUCAUCGGCACCAUCAUCGGCUCUGGCAUCUUCAUCACGCCCACCGGGGUGGUAAAGGAGGUGGGCUCGGCCGGCCUGUCGCUGGUGGUCUGGACGGCCUGCGGCGUCAUCUCCACCAUGGGGGCCCUCUGCUACGCCGAGCUGGGCACCACCAUCGCCAAGUCAGGCGGAGACUACACCUACAUCCUGGAGGUCUACGGGGAGCUGGCCGCCUUCCUCAAGCUGUGGCUGGAGAUGCUGAUCAUCCGCCCGUCCUCCCAGUACGUCGUCUCGCUGGUCUUCGCCACCUACCUCCUCAAGCCCCUCUACCCAGAAUGCAGCGUUCCAGAGAGCGCCGCCAAGCUCAUCGCCUGCCUGUGUCUCACCCUGCUGACCUUCGUGAACUGCAUCAGCGUCAGAGCGGCCACCAAAGUGCAGGACCUCUUCACUGCCUCCAAGCUCAUCGCCCUCACCAUCAUCAUCAUCUUCGGCUUCAUCGAGAUCGCCCGAGGUGACAUCCCUUACCUGCAACCAGACACGGCGUUCCAAGGCAGCAAAAUGGGAGUGGGCAACGUGGUCUUGGCUCUUUACAGUGGACUGUUCGCCUUCGGAGGCUGGAAUUAUUUGAAUUAUGUGACGGAGGAAAUGAUUAAUCCAGAGAGAAACCUGCCGCUGUCCAUCAUCAUCUCAAUGCCCAUAGUGACGGUGGUGUACGUGCUGACCAACUUGGCCUACUUCACCACCAUAUCCCCAGAAGUCAUGGUGGACUCAGAGGCUGUGGCUGUGACAUUUGGGGAGCACCACCUGGGAUUCAUGGCCUGGCUGAUUCCGGUUUUUGUGGGGCUGUCCUGUUUCGGCGCUGUGAAUGGGAGCCUGUUCACCUCCGCUCGGCUGUUCUACGCCGGCGCUAGAGAGGGUCAGCUCCCUGCGGCAUUGGGCCUGGUCCACACCGACCUCUUUACCCCCGUACCCUCCCUCAUCUUCACCUGCUUCCUGUCCAUGCUGUACGCCAGCUCCAAAGACAUCUUCUCUGUCAUAAACCUGUUCAGCUUCUUCACCUGGCUGUGCGUCGGCAUGGCGAUCGCCGGCAUGCUCUGGCUGCGCUGGAAAAAGCCUGAACUGAGGAGGCCCAUCAAGAUAUGGCUGCCCAUACCGAUCAUCUUUGUCUUGAGCUGCAUCUUCAUGAUCCUGGUGUCCUUCUGGGCGGCCCCUUUCGAGUGUCUGAUCGGAUGCACCAUCAUCUUGACGGGAAUUCCCUUCUACCUGCUGGGAUACAAGUGGAAGAAGCCGCACAUCGUGCGCAAAGUCCUGGAGAUUUUCACCAUGUUCUGUCAGAAGAUCUUCAUGUCUGUUCCGGAGGACCGUGAAGCCCCGUAGCGGCCGCAAAAGGGGGAAAGAAAGUGACAAAAAAAGAGUAUUUCAGUGUUCUAGGUUCAGUGACAUGUUUACAUUUUGUUCAUGUGAUGUCAGCCGGAGUACCAUCAUGAUUUUCUUUUUUUUACAGGGUUAACUGAAAAAUAGAGGAUGCAGAGGAAUUCAUUUUUAGCUCAGCCUUCUCAGUAGCCAGUUUGUUGUGUUCGUUAUUCUCUUUUGCCUAAGAAAAGGCUUCAAGAGUGGUCUAAGAGAACAUUAAACCCAGGCGAAGGCUUUGGCUGGACAUGCCAAACGGUAGUUUAUCACUCUUGAAAGGGUUUGUUUUGUACGCUGAAAAUGAAACCCAGGAAAGGUGUUUGGUUGGACAUGCAGUAACCAGCAUUAUUUAACCACCUUAUAAGGACAAUUACAUUGUGUCCCCAGUGCUGUAUGUCCAAAUAAAAACUUUCCCUGGGGUUCAGUUUCAAGUUGUCAUGAACUUCUCCGGGGAAAAAAUACAAAGUAACACCAGCUGUCUCGGGAGCUAUGCAGAUACACAACUCCAACAGAGUAUGUCAAAUUCUGAUGCUCCCAAAUUAUUUUAAAUUAUAGGCACUUAAAAUGGACACAGUUUAGGGCCAAAAGGGAUAUUCCUAUAGAUCGUUAUGCUGAGGUACAAAUACCCAAAAUCCAUUCGUAUGUAUCAGGUGUACAGUAGUGUAGAUUCUACUUGUUGUAUUUAUAUUUGUAGCACCAGUUCCCAAGGCAACAAGCUGUUUAUCAUUUGUCCAGCAAAGUUAAGACCAACAAUGUUCAGCUGCAACAUCUGCCUUAAUUUCCAAUGAAAAAAAGGCUAGUGGGGGGGAUGAGCUAAUGAGCUGUGCAUUUAAAGUAUACAGAAACACCAGCUUUUGGCCUGUCUCUGCCCACUUUACAAUUUAAAAAGAGGUGAGUUGGGGUUGAGAGUGAGAGUAUAGAGAGGGGGGAGGGGCGAACCGAUCAGUAAUGCGUCAUAGGCACGUAGGCAGGCCCAGCAAGGCGGGUAAAAAUCCCACCCCUGUCCCAUGCCAUGUCUCUCACUGUUCUGAGUAAGGACCCACCAUAGAUCAGGCUAGCUGUAAUUGCUGUUUUAUUAUAAUGUCAGCUAUUUUAUUAUAAUGUUGUAUCGUUGUUUCCUGAAGACCAGCAAAGUUGUUUUGCAAAAUAAACCAAAUAGGACUCGAGUCCGGUCCUUAUGCAGUUACGGAGUGGACAAAUCCAACUGUAUCAUUCCCUGAUUGCUAUCCAUGACUAUGAAAAGUAGACAAGCAUUAGCUAGCUGGCCAUAAUUGAACAGUUGAACUUCGAACAUUCAACUACAGAAGCAAUCAUUACGGUAUGAUUUUGUGAGUUACUUGGUGGUGCUCUGGCAGCCACUGAUGGAACAAGUGAAACCCUUUGCUAGCUAUCUAGGCGGAAAUGAGAGAACCAGACUUGGCCUACUUGCUGCUAUUGAAAAAGUAGUACAAUUGUAAAACACUACAAUUAGAAAAGACUAACUUUACAACCUGAAAAGCUAUGUGCAGUUAUAAAAACGAGUCUACCUAAAUCUUAAUGAUGAACAAACUAUAAAAAAUAUUACUACUACUAACUACUACUCACAGACUACUAAAAUACAUAGGUUAGCUAAUGAACGAUACAGAAAAUAGUACUGGAAUGUAACAAGGAAAGACUAAAAAGGGUUUCUAGCUAAGCUAAUCUAAAGAGAAAAAGAUCACUGUCCAGGAAGUGGGCUGGCUUUGCGCAAAAUGCAGUGGCACGGAUUAAUUAGAUCUGUUUUCUUUUUUUAACAAUAGGACUAAUGUGAUGUAUCAAACAGAGACAGUACACUCAGCUUUAGAACUCAAAAAACGUGAUUCAGUGUUUAUUACCUCUUUGAGCACUACAAGCAAUGCGUCACAUUCAUUUGAAAUCUGAAAUUUGAAACAGACAAUUUGGAGGUAGAAACAGUUUUUCCAAUCUUAGAAAUAACUUAACGUCAACCCUCUCUUAAAAGGCAGGUACAUCUGGUCGGCUAUUAGCUGGAGUGUCGCUUGAAGUCGUGGUGAAGUGUCUGUGAAGUGUCUGUAAAAGUCCUCUGCUUCCCGCCGUUUCUGUCUGGUGAGUUUGUAGCCCAUCACGGCGCCGCCAGUGUGCUUGAUUAGGAGUGACAUUCUCUCGUGAAGAUCAAACUGAAGUGAACUGUGCCGCUCGUAUAUCCGUGUUAUACAGUCCAUUUUUUUGUUCGUUUUUUUUUUUUUGUCAGUGCUGGUGUUAAAAAAAACAUUUCAAAUUAUGAUUUGAACCAGACGCUCUGACAUACAGGCAGAAGUAUGUAUCGCCACCUGUUCUAUUAUUUAUUAAAUUCGUUUAUUACCUUUAUUUAACCAGGAAAAACACGCUGAGACCAUGGUCUCUUUUUCAAGGGGCCCAGGGGGGCACAACUGUAAGGACAACUAAAAUAUUAAUAUUUGCAUAUGGUGCAGAAUUACAUACGAUGCAAAAUAUUAUAAACUGAAAGACAUUGUUAGAAUGCACAAGUGCACUGUUCAAUAAACAGGACCUUCAGGUCUUGAAGUGACCUAUUGGAAUCAGGUCACACAUCUCAUAUAUGGGUAACUUUUAUAUCUCUUACACAGGUUACUUAUAUAUCCCUUAUAGGUUACUUAUAUUUCACAGAUAUGUAAGUAACCUAUAAUAUGACUUAUGCUGUUAUAGCCUACUCAAGUGGCUAGGCUAUAUCAUCUACAUAAUGUGUACAAGAGCACAAAAUAAAUAAAUAAAAUAUCAGGAACACGACAAAAGCAACAGCACUGCACAAAUCUGUUAUGGUAGCUGUUAAUGCACAAUCUUAUGACAGUUGAAUUAAAAAUUAAGACAAAUGCAAAUAACCAUAUAUAUAUAUAUAUAUAUAUAUAUAUAUGGUUUUUUUUUUGUUUGUUCUGUAAAUUAUUUUUAUGAAUGUCAGCACUAGGGAACAGCAUUUUACUGGGACAAUCCUCUAUCUAUAUUACAGGUGAUGAAAUAUCUUUUAGUCCUUUAGCCUUAUUCUGGCUUUUGAAAAUACUGUCUCUGAAGCCAUGGUGUCAUUAUGAAGUAAAGCCUUUGGUUGUAUAAGCUGCAUUAUCGAAUGUUAUCGUCAAUGGUUUGUACUGUACAUUUUGUAAAUGAAGCUGCAUAAAAAUUCUUGCUUCUCUGUCAACUAUCAGGAUAUUUGUCAGUAGCCCUGGCAGGUUACCCAUGUACGAUUAAAGUAUUUUUGUUCUAAAAGUCA